GGUCCCGUGAUGUCAGCUAUCCCAGCAUAGCUUCAGUCCCGUUCGCUCGUCGCAAGUUACUCUUCGUCUCCUGUCAGUCAACAACGGAGGAGGAUAUUCCUUUUUGCCGGUAGGCGAACAAUGUCGGACCUUUUUUUUUUUUUUUUUUUUUUAAACUUUCCCACCAGCGAGUGAAAGCGCUCUCACAUGACAUGGCGGGUUAGCCACACAAGCUAGCAGGCUAGUUUGGGACAUUCCACUGGCGGUCAUGUCUCGCUUUGUGUUGCAGCAGCUGGAGGAUUUCGUGGAUUAUACCAACAAAAGCGAGACUUUGAAUGCCACCGAUGACGUCCGCCUGAGCCCCGACGGACGUCACGUUCAUGUCAUCCUCAGCAAGCCCAAGGUUAGUCUUGUGACUCUGGACAAGUAUGACAGACAUCAGCUGGUCCACAAUCAGAGGACGUUGGAUUUAUGUCCGACGAGACUUGUGCCUAUUGUUGAUGUUUUAUAUUUGGACAACAAUGACAGCGGCAAAGGGGACUUUGUGUCUGCCGCCGUGGUUUACGAGAACGGAAAAGCGGAGUUUUGGAAGUUCCAUGAGGGCGAAGGAGGCUGGAGUCUAAUGCAGACAUCCGACUUGUGCAACAGUCCCCGGGCCAAAGUGGUGUCUGUCUGCGCCUGCUCCGACCUCAUCAUCUGGUGUGAGGAGCGGUCGCCCUCGGAGAGUGCCCCCGGACUCGCCUCUGCCAGGGGUAAGUUGAGGCACUGUGUCUGCAGGCGGGACUACCAGCUGCAAAAGGGGUCUGUCAUCCUCGGAGGGGUGAGGAUCUCCCUCCACAACAACCCCAAGUUCACCGUGAUGGCCUCAGGGGAGUAUGUCCACCUCCUUCCUGCCUCUCCUCUGGGAAAAUUCUUCCUGUCCUGGUGCCCUCGCCGGGACUCCUUCCGGGUCGGCGCCACGUGCAGAGCCACCCCCGUCAAAAAGGACUCCGCCGCGGAGUCCGAUUUCCGGAAGCUGAUGGCGGACUGUUUAGGGUAUCUGUCGGCGCUCGACGCGCCCGAGAUCUGCGACGUCUCUCCCGCGGCUUGUGGAGGUCUGCUGAUGCUUCUCGACACGGGCUGGGUGUGUCUCCUGCAGAAAGACGGGACGCUGCGACGCGUACACAAGCUGGCGGAGAACGAGCGGACGCGGACCAGCAUCUGCACGUUCGAGGACACGUUGCUGGUUCUAGUGGGUCGAAACCUGCAUCUUCUAGACUUGGAGUGUGGGAGGGAGCUGGAAACCAUAACACUAAAAAGUGAGGGGGUUUUGUUUGCUAAUCAGGCUGACGGACCGCCUCACUUGUUCUCAAAAACUGGACUUUAUAAAGUGUCGCGACAAGACCUAAAAGUGAAGUCCGCGGCGGAGAACAUCCACCCCGGCGCGCUCCUGGUGGAGGCCGUGUUCGAGGAGGCCUGCAAGUACUACCAGCAGAGGAGCUUGAGUCGCACCCGGCUGACUGUGGACGCGCUGAAGAAAGGAGGCAAGUUCCAGGCUCCCAUCUCUUUAGCGUCCAUCCUCAGGGACUUCCUCAGCUCGGGGCCCAAGCAGAAAGCGGCGGAAGCGGCGCAAAAUGGAGGAUGUGCGGCGGGGCAAGACAAGCUGCAAGUCUCCCUGGAGCCUGAGCUGAAGGCCCUGGUCGCCAUGGAGGAGCUGAAGGGGAGUUUGGUCGGGAGCACUGAGGACGAGGUGGAGGCUCUUUGCGAGAGUUUGGUGGAGAAGGAAGUGAGCCGGCUGCUGUCCACUUCUGAGCUGGAUCACGACGAGCUGCUCUACCUCAACUCCAUCUUUAACCUUUUCCCCUGCCAGGCGUGGAGGGCGGCCCAAGCCGCUCUCCAGCUGCACUGCAACGGGGAGGCCUCCCUGUCCAGCCGGGCCCCUCCAGAUGUGUGGAAAAGCGUCCUCAGUCCGCCCCCGAGCGUGCCGGCCUCGCUGGCGGUGGCGAACGGCAGCUCCAAGCACCGGUACAGCCCGGCCAAAGCGGACCACAACGCAAACUGCACGUCCAAAUCCACCAGCGCCACCCUGCCCGUCUUCGAGCUUCUCUGCCAUUCAGUUUUACGCUUCCAGCCCGCCUGGCUGCCCAGGUUCCUGGAGCUGGGCCAGCAGCAGCAGGGCUCGGCCGGGCUGGGCCUGAGCCUGGCCGCCUCCUCCUGGAGCGAGAACAACGUGCCGCUCUACAAGCGCGCCCUGGCCGUCCUGUCCUCUGUGCGGAAGGAGAGCGACCAGCCCCAGGACCUGGAGGUGGAAUUGCUGAUGGCCAGCGGGCGGCCCAACGCCAUCCUCCAGGCGCUGAGGAUCCUGAUCAGGCGGCAGCAGUGGGAGCGGGUCACCCAAAUGGCUCAGAAGUUCUGCAAGCAGAGUCCACUGCUCAAUAAAGAGAUCUUCACCACGCUGCUGUGUGAGGUGGCACAGCACCGAGACCUGGACCCUUACCUGGACCUGCUGUGGGCCCUCUGCCCCGAGGACCUCACCGUCACCACCAUUCUUAACCUGGUGCUGAAAAACCUCCCUCCGCCCAGCACCCCCCAGCCCCUCCCCAUGUCCCUCACGUCCAGCCCCUCCCCUGCUCCCUUUGCCGACCCCCAGAGUGGUCACCUGACCAUCGGGCUCCUGAAACCCCUGCUGAGGAAAGUUCUGCAGAGGGAAACCAAACCUAGCCAGCGUUACGCCGACAUCCUCCAGUCGCCGUCCUUCCCGCCCCCGGCCCCGCCCCGCUUGCCCACGGAACAUUCCAGAACCAGCUCCCCGGAUGGUUCCUCCACCUGCUGACUUGAUGGUAAUGUCACAUGACUACUGGACCUUUAAAACAACUACUGACAAUAUUAGCAGUGUAAAUAUUGCCUCUAAUUUGACCUUGUACAUAAUAACCAGCCUUAUUUAUACCUUCCAUUAGCUUGAUGUGUUCCAUACAGUAUUUAUUGUACAGUAGCUUACCCUUGGUGUUAAAAAUGCAAAUAACUUGCAUAUUUAUUUACUUGAUGCCCCUAAAACCACCCUACAAUUUAUUGCCACCGCCUGGGAUGGAAAUUCAACUAAAUUCCUGUAAUUAUAGUUAGUAAUCAAAUUAGCCAAUUAUCAUUUAUAAUACUAAUAAUGAAAUAUAAAAAAAAACAUAUACAGUACAGGCCAAAAGUUUGGACACACCUUUUCCUCAUUCAAUGCGUUUUCUUUAUUUUCAUGACUAUUUACAUUGUAGAUUGUCACU